AGUACAUGACUACUUACAACUCGUCAAGUGCUAUGUGUGCAUCGGCCUUAAUGCUGAUUCUUAGUACCAGUGUUGUAGUGCAUUGCGACACAUAAAGUGCCAAGUGUGCAUCGGCCUCAAUGCCAAUGCUUAGUAAGACCCUUACAUGUGAAUAUGUAUUGCGACACCUCGCGGUAUUGUUCGAUACUGACUCGCUUACUUACCGGAAAGUGAUUUCGUCAUACUAAUUGUAACUUAGGAUUAAUCAUUAGCAUUAUAAUAUGAUCAUUCUGAUUCUUGCAUCGAACAGGAUCAAUUGUAUUAGCAGAUAGGAAUUAAUUUGUAACCUUUUUAAUAUUAAUUAAAGUUUGUCUAAGAAGUUCUUGGUUUUCUUUGGAGCCUCCGGCAGCGAUCUACAUAAUUGGCGCAGUCGGUAGGAUACUCGAGGCGUCUCGAGGUAGUAUAUUAGCUAGGCUAUCCUCAUAUAGAAGAGCCGUACUGUUAAUAUCGCUAACGCCGUCGCGAGCGAUUCGGGCACCCGAGUAUCCUGAAAGAACCUGUGAUCCUGAUCGGAGGGGAAAUCAAGACAUCGAUUCCAGAGAAACCAGAAUGCUGUUUAUGGUGCUACUGGUCCUGAUUGCUCCUUCGAUAACAGCUCGCGGGAUAAAUCAGGAGAUAACACUUGAGAGCCUUGAAGAUGGCCCAGGAUUAUUACCCUUCCGACUGGGAGCCACAAAACUCGUAACACAUUACCAUUCAUUCCUACAAUACAUAGAACUUAAAGAUAUUGACGAUAAGAUUAAUUUGUUACUCGAUCAAUUGUCUCACUAUAAGUAUAGUUUAAGUAAUGAUACUUACAUGUUAUAUGAGCUACAGAUAGAUUAUCUCUCUAAUAAACUGCUUAGAAUCGCGGAUCACUUAGAAACUCUAAAACCGGGUCGCGUAAAGAGAGGUCUCAUUGAUGGUUUAGGAUCGAUUAUUAAAAGUGUAACCGGUAACUUAGAUCAAUCAGAUGCCAUUCGAUAUGACAGUGCUAUUAAAACUCUACAAAAUAAUAGUAAUGAAUUAGCUGAAGAGUUUAACAAUCAUAUUAGCCUCAGUAAGGAGUGGAUGGCUCAGCAUUCUAACAUAGUUUCAAAAUUAGUAGAGAAUCAAAUUAAGAUAAAUGAAACCUUAAGAUUAAUCUUAGACAAUGAUGCUUAUAGAGAUAAUUAUCUUAUAAAAUAUGCUAAGUUUGCUCAAUAUCUAACCAUUUUAACCGAGAACAUUGAUGAAGUCUUAGGGGAAUUAGUUAGAAUAGAAAACAUCCUAGCCUUCAUACACGCAUCUAGCACACAUCAUUCCAUGUUAAGUACAGAAGUAUUAGGACAUAUGAUUCAAAAGUUAGUUAAGAUUUAUAGUAGAGAUCAAAUAGUAGAUUUAGAUAUUAGGGAAUAUUAUGACCUAAUAAAACCUGGAUAUUACUACUCAGGUAGCCAGAUAGUUAUAGUCUUUAAGUUGCCUAUAUUUGCGACGGAUAGUUUCGAUCUUUACAAGUUGUCAAUAGCUCCUAAUAAAUUCAAACAGGCCCUCAUCCCUCCUUUUCCAUUGAUAGCAACCAACAGGAAAGGUUUUGUGUACAUAGAGGCAGAAUGCCCGAAGUACGAUAACUGGUAUCUCUGUGCCGACAAGAUGGACCACCAGCUUCGGCAACAACCUGAUUGUAUACAGCAUCUCAUCUUGGACCAAACUAUAGAUGAGAAAUGUGACGUCAUGGAACUAACCCUAGCAAAGGCUUCAAUGGAAGAACUGGACGAAAGACACUACGUCAUAUCUUUCCCGAAUUCAACAAGGAUUCACACUGUAUGUGGAAAGGAAGACUAUAUAACAGUAGAUGGAAGCUACUUAGCCACAGUUCCCGAAAAUUGCUUCCUAUAUACCUCAGAAUUUGCUAUCACCAAUGUCAACGAUCACGUGGAGGGACGCCCCCUGAAGAUUAUGAAUAUAUCCUACAACAUGGACAUAAAACCUGAAAAGAUGACGCAACUGAAACUGAAAUCGAUAGAUCUUUCAAGAGUACAUGAUGUCCAGUAUCAACUAAUGGCGCAACCUGCAAUAAGACUCAACCAAAUCCCAGAUGACGCACUGUACCACACAACGAUCCCUUUUUACACCUUGCUGCUGUUAAGUGCAUUUGCACUCAUUAUACUACUUAUUAUACGGUGCAAUAAGACAUUUCAAGGCAGAAAACUCCAAACAAAAUCUCUUCAGGAGGAGACAGUAUAUGCAAAGCCUGGAGAAUCAGAGACAAGACAACCAAAUCCAGCAACUCUUUCUCAAUUCAUGUCUCGAAAAUAGUUGCUGAUCUGCGGGUGGAGGUGUUAUAGUACAUGACUACUCACAACUCGUCAAGUGCUAUGUGUGCAUCGGCCUUAAUGCUGAUUCUUAGUACCAGUGUUGUAGUGCAUUACGACACAUAAAGUGCCAAGUGUGCAUCGGCCUCAAUGCCAAUGCUUAGUAAGACCCUUACAUGUGAAUAUGUAUUGCGACACCUCGCGGUAUUGUUCGAUACUGACUCGCUUACUUACCGGAAAGUGAUUUCGUCAUACUAAUUGUAACUUAGGAUUAAUCAUUAGCAUUAUAAUAUGAUCAUUCUGAUUCUUGCAUCGAACAGGAUCAAUUGUAUUAGCAGAUAGGAAUUAAUUUGUAACCUUUUUAAUAUUAAUUAAAGUUUGUCUAAGAAGUUCUUGGUUUUCUUUGGAGCCUCCGGCAGCGAUCUACA